CCCAACUGUAAAACAACACAUUUGAAGUUGACAGCAGUAGUAAAGUUGCCCCCUUCACCUGUUCAAGCCCCACUUGGUGAAAUUCACCCACAUGCAUCCCUGGCUGAAGACCAAGGCAGCCAUCCUCCUCACCAGCUGCAUUGCUUUCACCAAGCAGCUUGACUGUCCUCGUAGAAGAUGCAAUGGUGUAUCAAACUCCACAGGAUCCAACUACACCGAGCCCCCACAGUGUCAUCCCUGCACACAACUGGUGCCCCUAGAAUAUCAUGAAUGUACACUUUGCGGCCAUCAAUGGACAGCACCUAUGCUCAAUAGAUGUCCCAAGGCAAAUACCAAUCAUGCCAACCAACAAUGUGCAAGGCCUAACACUUCUGCUGCUGCUUGA